AUGGGCCUCAUCCGACUCGCCACAGCCUCCCCGGGCACCCAGCCCACCACGGCGUCGACGCUGGAGCUUCUCCGCACCGUGGCCCAGCAGGCCGCUUCCCAGGGCGCAGACCUCCUCCUCCUCCCCGAGGCCUUCCUGGGUGGGUACCCGCGCGGCAGCGGCUUCGGCAGCGUCGUGGGCAGCAGGUCUGCCGAGGGUCGCGACGAGUUCGCCCGCUACUUCGAGGCCGCCGUCGACCUGGGCGACACGGCUGGGCCGGGGGGGGCCGGCGCGGGCGACGAAUGGAUCAGGAGGGAGCUCCCGUCUCAAAACGUCAGCGGUAACAGCGAUGUCCCGCGCGGCGACGGCACGAGGGAGUAUCUUGAGUCUGUGGCUAGGGAUACCGGCGUCUUCAUCGUGACCGGGUGCGUCGAGAAGGCGGGUGGCAGUCUCUACUGCGCUGCCGUGUAUGUCUGUCCUACAAAGGGUAUCAUUGGGAAGCGUCGCAAGGUGAUGCCUACCGGAACUGAACGCCUCAUCUGGGCCCAGGCCAGCCCCGCCACCCUCCGCGCCGUGAGCACCACAAUCAAGGGCGUCCGCGUUAACAUGGCCGCCGCUAUCUGCUGGGAGUCGUACAUGCCUCUGCUCCGCCAGGCACUGUACGCCCAAAACAUCAACCUGUACCUCGCCCCCACCGCCGACGCCCGCGACGCCUGGCUGGGUCUCAUGCGCACCGUUGCCAUCGAGGGUCGGUGCUUCGUCGUGAGCAGUAACAUGGCUGUUAGGGAUACUACUUCUGCUUCUAUUAUCGCUGCUGCUGCUGAGCAGCAGGAGGAGGGCCAUCAGGUCAAUGGUACCGCUGCGCCCAAGGUGCCGGCGUCAUCGUCGUCGUCGUGGAUCUGCCGUGGUGGCUCUAGCAUCGUGGAUCCCAUGGGUGAGGUCCUGGCUGGCCCGCAGUGGGAGGAUGAGCACUCCCUCAUCUACGCUGACGUUGACUUGCGUGACUGCAUCAAGGGUCGCCUCGACUUCGAUGUCGCGGGUAGCUACUCGCGCAGCGAUUCGUUCAAGUUUUCCGUCGAGGGCCUGAACUUGGACCCCCUGCCUUAUUAG